AUGCCUAAUUUGAUAAGCAACGACAUGAGAUCGCCGCCGGGUAUCGGCGAUUGGUGCUUGAUCUUCAUGUGGGGCGGUACUUGCGGAGGGGGCGUGUCUCCCCCGCCCCCACUACCGUUUUUACCGCCUCCGCUGUCUGCACCGCCUAUUCCGUUACCGUUACAGCACACGUGGUGGUUUUUCACGGAAGAUGACGCUGUAAAAGAAUCGUUAUAUGCAUCGUCGACGUUAUAAGAUAUGAUAUGAAAAUAUGUCCAAUCAACUGUAGUUUGUUGGGUUUUAAAAAUAAGUAGUUUGGAUAUUACAUGAACCUUUAGUUCCUCCUUAGUUUAAUAAUUCAUAUAAAGCUGUAAUCUG